AAGAGGAGAAGGGGGGAUAAUCAAUCGAGGGCCUUAAUAACCCUAACAAAUCUAUUCAUUUCACUCCUGACCUCCACAUUUCCACCACCAUGGCUUUCAGGCGCCUCCUCUCUCGCUCUCGGAGCUUCCAUGCGCUCCAAUCUCACCGUUUAUCUUCUUCCGCUGCCGCCGUCACCGCCCACUCUUCUGCCCCGUCUCCUUCCCCUCCACCACCCAACGCCAUGAUCUACGAUCGCCUCGCCGAAUCCGUCAAAUCGAAGCUCAAGCGCCUGGAAAACCCCGAUCCUCGAUUCCUCCAACACAACUCCCCUCACCCCACCAUCGCUGACCACAGCUCCAUCCUCACUGCCCCCGCCACCAAAAUCACCACUCUCCCAAACGGCCUCCGUGUCGCCACCGAGUCAAAUCUCGCCGCACGUACCGCCACUGUCGGUGUUUGGAUCGAUGCUGGGUCCCGUUUCGAAAGCCCCGAGACAAACGGCACCGCCCAUUUCCUGGAACAUAUGAUCUUUAAGGGUACUGAGAAAAGAUCUGCCAGGGAAUUAGAAGAGGAGAUUGAGAAUAUGGGCGGACAUUUGAAUGCUUAUACAUCGAGAGAACAGACUACUUACUUUGCUAAGGUUAUGAAUACCGAUGUUCAUAAAGCUGUUGACAUUUUGGCGGAUAUCUUGCAAAAUUCCAAGUUUGAGGAGGAACGGAUUACCCGUGAGCGUGAUGUUAUUUUGCGUGAAAUGGAGGAGGUUGAAGGCCAGACUGAGGAAGUGAUCUUUGAUCAUUUGCAUGCAACAGCUUUUCAGUACACUCCUUUGGGGAGAACCAUUCUUGGACCUGCUGAGAAUGUCAGGACUAUCACUAAAACUCAUCUCCAGGACUAUAUAGCAACUCACUAUACAGCUCCAAGGAUGGUCAUUGCUGCCUCUGGAGCUGUUAAACACGAGGAUGUUGUAGCGCUUGUAGAAAAACAUUUUACAAAGUUGUCGACAGAUCCAACCACCGCUUCUCAAUUAGUUGCCCAAGAACCAGCCUCAUUCACUGGUUCAGAGGUUAGAAUGAUUGAUGAUGAUAUUGAGUUGGCCCAAUUUGCUGUUGCCUUCAAUGGAGCAGCAUACACAGACCCGGAUGCUAUCGCCUUGAUGGUUAUGCAGACAAUGCUGGGUUCCUGGACCAAAAAUUCUGGUGGCGGAAAGCAUAUGGGAUCUGAUCUUGUCCAAAGGGUUGCCGUUAAUGAACUCGCUGAAAGCAUGAUGGCAUUCAAUACUAACUACAAAGAUACUGGUUUAUUUGGUGUUUAUGCUAUUGCGAAGCCUGAUUGUUUGGAUGAUUUGUCAUAUGCAAUUAUGCAUGAUAUUGGCAAGUUAUGUUAUCGUGUUUCGGAUGCUGAUGUAGUUCGUGCUUGUAACCAGUUGAAGUCAUCUCUGCUGUUGCACAUUGACGGAACAAGCCCAGUUGCUGAAGAUAUCGGCCGCCAGUUGCUCACUUAUGGGCGGAGGAUCCCAUACGCAGAAUUGUUUGCCAGGAUUGAUGCUGUAGAUGCUAGCACCGUGAAACGCGUUGCUAACCGCUUUAUUUUUGACAAGGAUAUUGCUAUUGCUGCAAUGGGGCCUGUCAGGAAGUUGCCCGAUUACAACUGGUUCAGGCGCAGAACCUACUGGAACCGUUAUUAGAUUGUGUUUUACUUAGCCCUCAAUUUGUGUGGGUUUCAUAUAAAAGUUUGCUGCCUUUUGUUGCAACGAAAGCCUCCAAAGGCAAAUGGUAUCGCCAUUGUCAUUCACCUUUCUCGGUCCAUAGCGAUUUUGUAACAUUGUUAUAUGAGGCGAUUAAUGCAUGUUCCGUUUUAAGUCUUUACCUUAUUUUUUGAUCUGUCCACAGUGGCAUGAAACUACUAGUGAGAUGCAAUAAUUGUAGCUGAGAAUUUCUUGUAAGCCAAUCUUAAGCUGUAUGAUAUAUUUAUUGAUAUGGCCUUAUAAAACAAAACAGAUGCACAACAUAUACUACAUAGUGUAUUUACACUUGA